AUGGAGACGAAAAGGAGUGGUGGUGGAGGCGAGGUUACGGUUGGCCAGGUCUGGUUGCUAUCGUGCGCCUGGGAGGCUCUUGCUACUCUGCUUACGUCAGCCUUGCUUUCUUUGGCCGCUCAAGAUCCUUUUGCGCCCUCAACAGCUUGUGGACCAAAAAGUGAAGGAGACAAUGAGAGUGAACAUUCCAACUACAAAGCAGUGGAUGCUGACGAAGAUGGAGACGAAGAGAAGAACGAUGGUGGAUUAGGAGAGACCGAAGAGGAGCUGUCGUCUGAUGACGGGGGAGGCAGUGGGAACAACCCUAAUGGCAAAAGCAACAACUCCAAAGCUGAGUCUGGAGGAGAAGCCGCUGGAGUAGGCGAAGAUGGUGAAGAGGAAGAAGAAGAAGAUGGCAACAACCGUGAUGACGACGACGACGACGAUGGCGAUGAUGAUGGAGAUCAAGACAAUGAAGAUGAUGAGGACGAGGAGGAGAAUGAUGAUGAUGAAGGUGAGGACAAGGAGGAGGAAGAAAUUGUUGAAGAGGAUGAACCAGAGGAUGAAGAAGAGGAUGAGGAAGAGGCCCUUCAGCCCCCAAAGAAGAGGAAAAAGUGA